AUCAGCCUCAUCCUGGAGGAGAGCAUCCGUAGUUCAGUCGCACAGGGCCGACACCACUGGGUCGUCGUCGGGAGUUAACUGACCUGCUACUUUGGACCGUCGACAUUUUCGUAAACAACAACAACAACAACAACAGUCAUCAUGGCAGAAGCCCACCAGGCGGUGGCCUUCCAGUUCACGGUCACCCCCGAUGGCAUUGAUCUUCAUUUGUCCCACCAGGCCCUCACUGAGAUCUACCUCUCUGGUGUGCGCUCCUGGAAGAAGCGUAUCAUCGGACUGAAGAACAGCGUGGUAACGGGGGUUUAUCCUGCUAGUCCCUCCUCCUGGCUUUUUGUGGUCAUAGCAAUCCUGGCUACUAUGUACACGCGCUCCGACCCCUCCAUGGGACUCAUAGCCAAGAUACAGGAGCACCUGCCAGUCAGCCAGUCUAUGAGUAGCCAGUGCCAGACGCUGGUGUCAGCGGUGCUCUUCAGCACCAUGCUAUGGCUCUUGCUCAUCUUCACCAUGCGCCUGUGCCUCAAACAGCUUCUCUCCUACCACCGCUGGAUGUUUGAGAAGCACGGCAAGAUGUCCAACACCACCAAAGUCUGGGUGGCGCUGGUGCGGAUCUUUUCUGGCAGGAAGCCUCUGCUCUACAGCUACCAGGGAUCGUUGCCAAACCUCCCUGUGCCUGCCAUCAAGGACACAGUCAAACGGCACUUGGAAUCAGUGCGUCCGCUCAUGGACGAUACAGAGUAUGAACGCAUGACCAAGCUGUCUGAGGAGUUUGAGAGCAGCCUCGGUAAACGCCUGCAGUGGUACCUCAAACUCAAAGCUCUAUGGGCCACCAACUACGUCAGUGACUGGUGGGAGGAAUAUGUCUAUCUACGAGGACGGAGCCCAAUAAUGGUCAACAGUAACUAUUAUGGCAUGGACUUCAUGUAUGUGACGCCCACUCCCAUCCAGGCGGCCAGGGCAGGCAACAGCCUUCACGCGUACUUCCUAUAUCGCCGCAAACUCAACAAAGAAGAGCUUAAACCUACCCGUAUACCCGGCACUCUCAUUCCUCUGUGUUCAGCUCAGUGUGAGAGGGUAUUCAACACCACACGCAUUCCAGGAGAGGAGACCGACACUGUGCAACAUUGGCAGGACAGCGACUACGUAGCGGUAUACCACAGGGGGCGCUACUUUCGUCUCAGGAUGUACCAUGCAGGCAGACUUCUGUCGCCCAGGGAGAUUGAAUUCCAAAUUCAGAAGAUCCUUGAUGACCCGUCACCUCCUUCCAAAGGAGAGGCCAAACUGGGAGCCCUGACCGCCGGAGACAGAAUUCCAUGGGCUCAAGCCAGGACGAAGUAUUUCAGCAGUGGGGUCAAUAAACGGUCUCUGGACUACAUUGAGAAAGCCGCCUUCUUUGUGACACUGGAUGAUGAAGAACAGGGCGGGCUGGCAGAUGACCCAGCUAGAUUAGAUUCAUAUGCCAAAUCCUUGUUGCAUGGGAAAUGCUAUGACAGGUGGUUUGACAAGUCCUUCACAGUUGUUUACUUCAAGAAUGGAAAAAUGGGCUUAAAUGGAGAGCACUCCUGGGCUGAUGCGCCAGUGUUAUCACACGCUUGGCAGUACGUCUUGUCCACUGACUGUUUCCAGCUCGGUUACAAUGCAGAGGGUCACUGCAAAGGAGACGUGGAUUCAUCACUACCACAACCACAGAAGCUGACCUGGGAAAUCCCUCCAGAAUGUGAGGAGCAGAUCUCGGGGUCUCUGGCAGUGGCCCAGGCGCUGGCUGACGAUGUGGACAUCCACGUUUUUUCCUUUGAAGAGUUUGGCAAAGGAAAGAUCAAAAAGUGUCGAGUCAGUCCAGAUGCCUUCCUUCAGUUGGCUCUUCAGUUGGCCUACUACAGGGACCAGGGGAGAUUCUGUUUAACGUACGAAGCCUCCAUGACCCGUCUGUUCAAGGAGGGCAGGACCGAGACUGUUCGCUCCUGUACCAAUGAGAGCAGUGCCUUCGUCCGAGCGCUGGAAGGUGGAGAGGCAGCAGAUGUGUGCAGGCGUUUGUUCCACGAAGCAUCAGAAAAGCACCAGCAUCUCUACCGCAUGGCUAUGACUGGAGCUGGCAUCGACAGACACCUCUUUUGUCUCUACGUGGUAUCUAAAUACCUCAGAGUGGAGUCUCCUUUCUUAAAAGAGGUGCUAUCUGAGCCCUGGCGGCUGUCCACCAGUCAGACUCCAUUGCAAGUAGAGAUGUUUGAUAUCGUCAACUACCCAGAGUACGUCUCCUGUGGAGGGGGCUUUGGACCGGUGGCUGAUGACGGUUAUGGGGUGUCCUACUGCGCUUUGGGAGAGAACAUGUUAAACUUCCACGUCACGUGCAAGCACUCGUGUCCAGACACUGGUGCCAAUAAAUAUGGUGGUCAGAUUAGAAAAGCUCUGCGUGACCUGCUACAGCUGCUGUGCCCCAACCAAACAGAGCUCAGGAAGACAGAAGUGAAGCGGCCAGAGUUCAAGAAAGACCUGUAAGCGGUUACUCAGGGGUAAAGGAUGCUGAAGCUGUGAGGCAUUAAUGUAACACUAUGAAUUGAAGAAAGACUGUUUUUUUUCCCUCAUGCAUUGGGAGAAUUUUUUAGCCAGCCAGAUGAUAUUCAAAGGACAGCUCCAUUGGGAAAACUAAUAAAAUGGAGGUGAUGUUUUUACUGUAUAAUGUUUAAUGUAUCUGAAUUUGUGUGUAUAUUAGCUGUGGGAUAGGUGUCUGAAGGAAAAAGGUCCAUAGAUUUACAAAUCAAGAAGUGUGAUUCAAGUACAGCACGGUUUAUUGGUUUAGUUUUAACAGACAAACCAUUGGUAAAAUAUAAGUUAUCAUCAUGACAUAGAUUAUUAUCAAAAGGCCAGUAUUAAUUGCACCGCUCAAAGGUAGCGUAGAAAAUACUUCAUGUUAUUACAGGGAUUCAUUUGAUAUAAAUUCAAGUGCAGUAAGUUUUGACACCAUUAAAUGUGCCACACUUUUUGUGCCACUGAUUUUCUGUUGUUUAUUUUAUUUGGAAAAUAUAUUUGGAAGCGUGUGACGCAUCUUGAGUCUUGGCACAUUAGCAGAGAGAAAAAACAUGGAGGGCUGUUGAGGUGAUUUCUUUUCUACCAUCUGAAUGCAACAUUGCUGUAACAGUGACACAUUUUGAAAUAUUGGAAGUCUGGGACUUUUCAUUGUUUACUCGUUAUCUAUAGAUCUGCUUUCUACAAAAACACAUGAUUGUAAUACUGUGCUGAGAGUGCCAGGCGGUUUAUACAUGCAGUGAAAUGACAUGGCUCUAUUAAAUUCAUAGGUUGGCGUUACUGUUUGACUAGUAUUAUAUUCAGUGCCAGCUCACCCAUGAAAUAACUUUGUUUUCAAACAUAUUCAAAAUGUACAUACAAAUAAUAGGUCAAUUUUCCUGUCAAUGGUCAGUAGGCAUUUCAAACUUACCAAGUUAAAAACUGUACUGUAAUGAACUCCAGAUAUUUCACUGCCAUCUAUAAAUAUGUUUUGUAAUUGUUUUCAUCACUGUAUUAUUAAACAAGCACCAUAACAAUGCACGCUAUAUUUCUGAAUACCAUAUGCAGGUUUUUUAUUUAGUCUUGUGCAGAGCUGCAGGUCAGAUGUGGACAUGUGGGGUGAAGCCAUCUGAUUCAAAGAAAGAUGUGUACCAGUGACACAGACUCCUCAGUUAUUCUUCAUCAAUGAUUGCCUUUUUUUUCAGUUGAGCUUGUCUAGAAGUAUUACUAUGGUCAGCCUUUGUAAUGCAACGUUACAGCAGAACAUAAAGGAAUUCUUAAAGAAAAAAAGCUUAAAGUGUUUAUUUCUGUUACU